AACCAACACUAGAGACAACAGAGCAGCAGAAUUAGCUGUGCACGAGUGAGUGUAGUUUUCGCUAUCCAUCAGAGCUCUGGUUUGAACGGCGCUGCGGUACAUGUGACUCUCAAUAGCGCGUGGCGUGUAGUGUUUGUUUACGUCAAAGUAUGGAGAUAAACUUGUUUGUUGAUCGUACGGUUACGAGUUAUUGAAAUUAUGGAUUUUUAGUCGAGGAAGAUAAAUUAACAAAUCUCGCUGUGUAUUAGCGUGAUAUGUAAUAAACAAUUAACUAUUAUUAAUCAGCACAAAAAACUUAUGACAUUCUAGCCUGUAACUUUAAAGCAACAAGACACUCGAAAUGGAAACAUUUCGCUAGCUUCUUCCUAGUUCGAGUUAAACAUUUAUCGCUUUCUCCUGGUAUAGAAUUCGGAGAGUGACAAAACCGCCACGGUACAGGGUCUCCUGUUGAACCGCUUCAGCCUGGGCGCCCUUCCUUCCUCCUUCAUCGUGGAUUUCCAACAAACGUACGGGCGAGCUGCUAUGGACAUGGCCUCCGCAGAGCAAGGCCAGUCCGCAGCACACCGAUGGGCCUAUGACGGACCCCGUAUGGGUACCGGACUGGAUGGCUCUGGCAACCUGCUUGCUCCAGACGAUGUGGACGUCUUCUUCCAUUCUCUGGACAGCAACGGAAACCCCGUAAACCCUGCGAGUUACUAUGCGAGUCCAGCAGCUGCUAGAGCCGUUCACGGUUACAGAACACCACAUGCCAGAGUCUCAGGAGGCCAAGUCUGCAGGCCACAUUUUCACGCUCCUUUACACCCAUGGAUCACAGAAACAGCCAAGCCCAUGGUUCCACAUCCAGCACAUGGGUCUGCCUGGUGUUCACCUUUCACAAGCAAGCCCCCUCAUCAUCCCAGUCCAACAGGAGCACCUUUGGGGGUGCAUCCCGCUUCACACCCAGUCCCCAGCUCUUCUAGCCUUCCUUCUCACUCUAGUCCACACUUGUUCAGCUUUCCCCCAACCCCUCCGAAGGAUGCCACGCCGGAUAAUGUGACGGGCGCCGGUUCCGGGAGCAUGGAUUUCAGCGGUGCUGUCACGGGAUUUGGAACAUCGGACGAAAAGGGCUCGGUCGCCGGCAUGAUCACAUUAGGCUCCGCACUCUCAAGCUGCUCUGGUAGCAAGCCUAGAGAAGGUAGUACUGGCUUCUCCUCGUCCCUCAGUCCCAUCCACCAAACUGCCCAUCCCAUGCCCACUUAUCCCGCCUAUGCCCCAGGUGCUCAUUCGGCUGGACCCCCACCUUCUGCAGAUCUCUGUGGACCCACCUACAGCUUUCACGCUACUAGCCCAUUUCUAGGCUCUAAAUCAUUACAAUCUUCCAUAGCACCCAUUAUCCCCACGUCCUCAAGUUCUGGCAACAAACCAAGAACAAAAGGAAGGUCUAGCGCGGAGGGUCGAGAGUGUGUCAACUGCGGAGCAACCUCUACACCUUUGUGGCGCCGAGAUGGCACCGGCCACUACCUCUGUAACGCCUGCGGUCUCUACCACAAAAUGAACGGACAGAACAGGCCUCUUAUUAAGCCUAAGCGACGUCUGUCGGCGGCUAGAAGAGCAGGAACGAGCUGUUCCAAUUGCAAGACGUCAACGACGACACUGUGGCGACGGAACCAAAAUGGAGAACCAGUGUGCAACGCCUGUGGACUUUACUUCAAACUCCAUAACGUGAAUCGACCGCUGACCAUGAAGAAAGAAGGAAUCCAAACACGUAAUAGGAAACUGUCUGCCAAAAGUAAGAAGAAAGGUUGCAUCGGCCUCUCGGACCGCAUCAAGCCAUUGGACAAGCCAUUCUCCAGUUUUACCCCGACCGGUCACUUGGGAGCUACCAUGUCUUCUAUGCCAAUGGCUGUCAGUCAUUACAUGCAACAAGGCAACAUGCCCAUGUCAAUGGCGGGUUAUGUUACAUCGCCACCUAUGCAUAUGAGUUCAGCAACUGGGUUUUCUGGGCUCUCAUUGUCCUCUGGAGCCCCUCUGCCUUUAGGCACAGGGAGCUUAGGUCUACCUACUUCAAACAGUAUGGUUGGUGCCAUGGCUUGAACAUUUUGGGUGAAGAUCUACAAUAAUUAGUGACAUAGAAUGUGACUUGAUCUGGAAAAAGUUUGAAUCGUGUCAACUAAUAGGAAAAAAACUUUACUGUUUUAUUGUGGAGAAAUCAAGUGGCCUACGAACGCUCCAGCUACUUCCCAAUGUAUUAAUGUUAUAAUCUGCUACUAAUUAAACAAAUAUUGAGCAGAAGGUACCUGCUGUACCUAAUUCCGUAGACAUCAACGAAUUGUGCAUAAUGACAAUGGAAAGAAUAUGUAAAUUACUAAGAUCUUUCAGAUAAAGACUGUUAACAUCAUCUAAUGGUCUUCCGAAGAAGACUUGAGUGUACAAACAAGGUCUUCCUAAAGUAAUAUGAGUGGUAUUAGAAUAGUUAACGUUUCAUGUUUGCAGAAAGGUCAUUUUAAUAUUAAAUGAAUCCUGUGUUUUAGGAUUUUUAGCCAUGUUCAAUCUUAAUGACGGAAGAGAUCAGUGCUAAGAUAAGAAGUAAGGAAUCUUACAUUAAAAGCCUAUAUUUGAGAACAUUUUAAAGACCAAUGUUUUUAUGUUACAUUUCCUGAACAAUUUACCUGUGUGACAGCUUGACAAUUACUAAUAAAAUGAGAGGUUCUAAUGAGUAGACCUCACGUCGGCUAUACUCAUAAUUCACCCAACUCAGUGUUCAUCUGUACAUAGGACUCUGCAGCUAACCUAAUAUUUGUGUGUUAUGGUUUCGUAGAAAUAAAAAUAGUGCAGGUUCGUUUGUUGUUUAAGCUAUGUUUAGGGGCGAUCAGGGCUGUGUACUUUGUAUGUCCAUGAUGUUUGUACCAGUUGAAGCUACAGCUGUAAGCUUUCCUUCAUCUUCCUACGUUGGUACAAGUAAUAUAUAUUAUAGAAAGUUCCUUAAGGCUCUUUGUGUAAUGUAAAUACCCUCAGUUUUAUGUGAAUUCAAAUAA